CCACCCUCAUCAAUAUGUGAUAACUCUGCGGCCACAUCAAUGUCGUGUUAAUUAGUUUCUUCGGUUUUUCACUUCCUACUAGCAAGUUUUUUGUCCCCGUAGGUUUUCUACGAGUGAAGAGCUGGAGAAACACAACCAAUGACGCUGUCGACAUCAGGCAAACUGUUCCUGUGUUUGUUCAGCGGUAUGGUGUGUAUUCAGAGCAUUAAUGGGCACUUCAAGUGGGCUCCUGUGUGGAAACCACCCAAAGACAAGGCGUACCCCAUAUGUGGAGAGGACCUAAAAGACAGAGAAAGGUGCAAGCUGCCUCCAUGGUGCCCUGGUGGUCAAGGCUUCUGCUGCCGCUACGAGUGCGUCUGUCCACCCCGAUAUAACCCUUGCCUGAUGUUGACGUCAACAACUACAGCCAGUACAACAACAAAAAGGCACCCGAUGCCCUCAACGCGCCAUCCUUUUCCCAUUCGCUAAGUACGAGUGCUGUUGAAUAAAAGCAACGGCGCUAAUCAACAGAAAACGAA